UUGGGGACAUUAAACUUAAAAUAUGUUGUACUUUACUUUAAAGUGGAAUUUGUAUAUUCGCCUUUUACAUUGUCUGUCAAUAAAGUUUCUUUAAUUUUUGAAAGUUAUUCAUAUUUUUAUCAUGGUCUGGAUGUUUGUAUCUCUUUUUUUCUGCAAAACUGCAUAAGUAGUCGAACCCAAUUGAUUUCAAGAAAGUAGAAAAAUAUGGCUUACUAAAAGCUGCUAGUAGAACAAGCAAUUCAAGUACAAACUUGAAAAUCAGAACCAAAUAGGAAAUAUGGGUAUUGACAUGAUGGGGUUUGUGCUCGCGGGAACUUAUACCGCUUAUGGAGCUGUACACGCCAUGGAUAAUGGUUCUUUUAUACAAUUAGGCGCAAGCGUUGUACUUGGUGGUGUGCUGGGCUAUGGCGCCUAUCUAAAUUCGAUAGAUCCACCGCGUCCUCUGUUUCAAUUAUCUACCGAGCUUUUGAUGACCGGUAUAAUGGGUACCCGUUAUAGUUUGACGGGCGAAGUUAACGAUGGUACAUUAUUUUUGGCUACAGCUGCUUCAGCUUUAUACAACUCGUAUACUUAUACUAAAUAUUUAGAGCGACAAAUCGAUAUUAAUGAUUUCUUGGGAAGGAACAGCCAAACAAAAAUUUCUAUUGAAAUACCAGAUUUGCGCGCACACUUGAAACAGUGAAAUUUAAAGGAAAAAUGCUAUUGCUAGCUACUAUUUGAACUAUUUUAAAUGUUCUUUGGCUUGCUAUUGAAAUGGACUGAAGCGGUUUUGUUUGUAAGAAAUUGUGAUAAAUAUUGUGCAAUUGUAAACGGGAUGGAGUGUUUAGGAUAUCGGUAUUCCAGCAGCUCUUUAGCUUUUUAAAGAAUAUUGCGUCAACCGUUUGUCCUAGUGCAGAAAUCUUCUGAUUAAGAUUGACUCCGUAUAAUAAUAUUUUACCUACCUUUUUAAAUAAUAUGAAUGUACAUAUGUAUGUUCGUUGAGA